AUGAUAUAAGAUGAUCAUCUUAGAGUAUUAGAGAAGGAGAAGAAAAAAGAGAACCUAAAACGAUAAGAAUAGCAGAGAUUGGAAGAAGAACAAGCAAGGCAACAGAAAGAGGAAGAUAUAUUGAUUAACAACAAGGAGGAAAUUGAUAGCAAUUUUAAAGAUAAGAAAAAAUCUGCAAGGGAUAAAAGCAUUAAAAUUUAGAUAGAUGAGGAUAUAAGUUCUAAAGAAAAAUCAUAAAGGAAAAAGAAGUAAGUUAAUUAAGCAGAAAAAUAUGAUAAAAAAUUAGAGAACUUGAGGCCAGAACAAUUGAUUGAGAAUGAGAUAGGCAAGCCUUAUUAUUUAGUGCUUGAUGAUACUAAAUUAGAAAUCAAUAAAGAACUAAUAAUGAUGGAGGAUAAUAAAGUUAGGAUAUGGAAGGUUUUUAUUAAUGAAAUAAGGUUGGAGAAUUUAUAAAAGGAAUAAUUAUCAAUUUUUCUGAAUUUCAGAAUAGGUUAAAUUGGAAAGAAUGCUAAUGAGUAUGCAGAUGUAUCAAGUGGAGAAGUCUUUUUUAAAUCAGAAAUCUGCCAGGAUCUAAAAAGAAGUGAAGUCAAGGUAAUUAAGGUGAUGUUUGAAACUGAGAUGCAUCUCUCAUAUUAAAUGCUUAAGGAACGUUAUUUCAUAAUAGAAGUUUGGGAAUAUAGGAGAUUUAGAUUGAAUUUGUUUUUGGGUAAAAUUCAAGUGUCUUUGAUUAAUAUUGCAUCUGGAAAUAUAAGGAGACAAGAUGAUAUUAAAAAGGCUUUUGGAGAGAAAAGAUAAUUUGCUAGGAUCUAUUACAAUGUUUUGUUUUAGGAGGUGUGGGAUUACAAACUAACAUUUGAAGCUUGGAAAGGAUCAAACAUCAUAGCAGAUAAAGGGAAAGAGCAUGAUCCUAAAAUACAAUUGACUUUGAUGACAGAUGAACUAAUUUAACCAUAAGUUGAAUCAGAACAAAUUAAGAAGACCAAGAAUCCCAAUUUUAGAAAUCUUAAAGGAUAUAUGCACUUUAGAGGAACCAUGGAGGAUUUGACAUAAUAAAUGAUGAAGGUAACAUUAUUUUUUGAUGCCUAUUUUAAUAAAGUUGAAAAAUUAGUCUCAUUACGUGGAAUACAAGAUACCAAUUACUUGAAAGUGCAAUUUCGAUUAAAACUUAAAGUACCUCCACCAAAGAAGAAAAAUAAGCAUCAAAAGAAGUGGGAUGGGAAUGAUGAAGAAGAAGAAUAGGAUUUAGGAGACAAUGAAGAUGGUUUAAGAGAUGAAGCAUAUAUAGCAAUUAUUGAAGGAAGAGUAAAUCUUAAUAAGGUACCACGAUAUUCAUAAAAUGGAGAACUCAACCCCUACAUUCCAGAAUAAUAUUAUCUAGUAGUUACAAUUAAUAGAUUGAACAGUGUGUUGAGUCCAGAUGAUAGAGGAGUCAUCAACACAUACUUGACUGUGGCCUGGAGGGAUCAGGCUAAAACAACCAGAAUGAUAAAGAAUGAUCCUAAUCCAUCUUAUAAUGAGGAAUUAUACUUCAGGAUACCUAUCCUUAGAAAAGAGAAGACCUUUGAAGAUAUAAUUAAUUAAAAAACAGACAAAGAUUUACUCAUAGAUGCUUUACGUGAGGAAUUGAAAUCAAGACCAGAUAUUACUAUACAAUUAUGGUUAGAUGGAUAAGAUAUAUUGAGUGACGAAUCUUUGGGAUAUUGCAGAGUGUUUCUAUCUGAAAUUCAAAAAGCAAGCAAAUUCAAAAAAAAUUUAUUGACUGAUGAUAAUAGGAGAUAUUAAUUUGACACACGUGAAGCUACCUUUACUAAGAAAUUUGAGAGCGGGUUGUUUAAUGUUAGUCAUAUUUAAAUUACAUUUUAAGCGUUCUUUGCUCCUGAUUUACCUGAAGAAUUAAAAUUAGAUGAAUUUUGUGAGGUUCCUGAUGAUCAUUUAUCCAUAUCAGAUAUCAGAUCAACUCUAAGUUAAAUAGGAUCAUGGAGAGAAUAAGGAGUAUAAAGCUUGGGAUAAACAUGUGAGAAGUAAUUUUUCAUAGUUUGA